AUGUGGGACGAGGAGCCCAUGCCUUUUUUAAACCCCUAUCGACAAGUGGAAGGGCACGACGCCUUCCUUUCCCCACAGCCCCCCACCUCCCUCAAACACCGGGGGUUCCUGCAGGUGCCGUGGCUCUUGGGCACCAACAAGGAGGACGGCGCCUUUAGGGUUCAAGGGCAGGUUUCUUGGAGAAGGGGCGAAGAAAAGGGGCGCCGCCCAAACCCCCCCAUUCCAAAAAAACACUCGCGAAAGCCCAUGGAUGGGGGGUUUAAAAUUUUUCCUGGACGAACCCCCCAUACCGUUUUUUCCAGCAAACUCGACUUUAUUUACAAGCAGGAGUUCAGUGGAGACUCUGCCUCGAAGGUGUCCACUCAUAUGCUUAUGCUCUGGACCAACUUCGUCAAGGGAAGCGACCCAACGCCCAAGCUCAAGGGCUGGCCCGAAGACGUAUCCCCCUGGGGCGCGUGGUGGGAGCCCUUCGUCAAGGGUUAUCUGUACUACCUGAGGAUCGACCCGGAGAUGGACAGCCAGGACGUCCCCCUGAAGGAAGAGAACAUGGCGUUCUGGGACAGUCUUCCGCUCUUCGAAAACAGGGACCAGAACGUCAUUAGGGAUGAGCUGUAAGGAGUGGUGUGGGUGCGUCGAAGUUUUUUUUUUUUUUUUUUUUUUGACCAUCGCAAAUUUCCAGUUUUCAAAUCGUGGAAUGUGAAUUCCUUGUUAGGAAAACAUAUAUUUUGCAAUAUUGCUAUCGAAAUUCUUAAGGAGAUUUUUUAUGUUCGUAAAUGGGAUGAUAUUUUUGCUACUUAACGACCGUAAGUACAAAGGAUUUUUUUGUUGUUGAAGUGUACCUCGGUUUGGGAGAAAAUGGCUUUGUGGCUUUGUUAUAUUUUGUUAAUUUGUGAAUAUGUGAGUGUUUGCGUGAGUGAGUGAGUGAGUGAGUGAAUGCGUGAGUGAGUGAGUGAGUGAGUUGUUGAUGCCACAUCCUCUCAUCAAACUGACGCAUACUUAAAGUUUUUGUAAUGAUUUGGCAAAAUAAAAUGUACAUAUUAAAUAG